AUGGCGACGGCCGACCCCGCCAAGGAAAUGGAGAAUCUCCAGAUCUCCAAGACCAAAGAGCUCAAGGGCACCGAGAAGCGCGACACACUCAUUGCUAUCGAGAAGAAGUACCAGCAGCAGUGGGCCGACAGCAAGAUUUUCGAGAUUGAUGCCCCCUCGAUUGAGGAAUACCCCUUCGACUCCAUAUCCGCCGAAGAGCUGCGCGAGAAGCACCCCAAAUGGUUCGGCUGCAUCGCAUACAGCUACGUCAAUGGAAAACUUCACGCCGGCCACGUCUUCUCCCAGAGCAAGGUCGAGUUCGGUGCUGGUACCGCGCGCAUGUCUGGCAAGCGCGCCCUGUUCCCCAUGGGUUGGCACGCGACCGGUAUGCCCAUUCCCGCCGUUGCCGACAAGCUAAAGUACGAGAUUGAAAAGUUCGGCCGCGACUUUGAGGGAUAUAAGGAAGAGGAGGAAGAGGCUGAGGAGCCGGCGCCGGUGACCACUGUGAAGCGCGACGAUGUCACCAAAUUCACCACCAAGAAGAGCAAGGCCACGGCCAAGACGGCCAAGGCCAAGUACCAGUUCCAAAUCAUGCAGUCCAUGGGCAUCCCCACUGAACAGAUUCACCUCUUUGCCGACGCCCAGUACUGGCUCACCUUCUUCCCCCACCUCGGCCAGCAGGACGUCACCAGCUUGGGCUUCCGCGUUGAUUGGCGCAGGUCCUUCAUCACGACCGACAUCAACCCCUACUAUGACGCCUUCAUCAGGUGGCAGAUGAACCGCCUCAAGGAGCUCGGCAAGAUCAAGUUUGGCAAGCGUUACACCGUCUACUCCAUCAAGGAUGGCCAGCCCUGCAUGGACCACGACCGAUCCGAGGGUGAGGGUGUCGGCCCUCAAGAGUACACUGGUCUCAAGAUGAAGGUCCUCGAAUGGGCCCCCAAGGCCAAGGAGGCUCUCGAGAGCAAGCUUCCCGCCGAUGCCAGCGUCUAUCUCAUCCCCGCCACCCUCCGCCCCGAGACCAUGUACGGACAGUGCGCUCUCUUCGUGUCGCCAAAGAUCAAUUACGGCAUCUUCAAGGCCUCCGACAAGGAGUACUACCUCGUCACGCACCGCGCCUCGCGCAACAUGGCCUACCAGGGUGUCUUUGCCAAGGAGGGUGAGAUCGAGCACCUCACCGACAUCUCCGGUGCUGAUGUUGUUGGCUCCCUCGUCAAUGCGCCCCUCUCUGUCCACUCUGAGGGCGUCCGCGUCUUGCCCAUGGACACCAUCCUGCCUUCCAAGGGCACGGGCGUUGUGAGCUGCGUUCCCUCCGACAGCCCUGCCGACUGGAUCACCCUGAUGGACCUUCGCAAGAAAGCGGCGUACUACGGCAUCGAGCAGGCGUGGGCCGAGCUCGACGUCGUGCCCGUCAUCGAUACCCCCAUGGGUGACCUCAUUGCCAAGACUCUCUGCGAGCAGCUCAAGAUUGGCUCUCCCAAGGAUACCGUUCAGCUCGAGAAGGCCAAGGACACGGCGUACACUGAAGGCUUCUACAAGGGCACCAUGAAGGUGGGCGACUACAAGGGUGAGGCUGUGGAGACCGCCAAGCCCAAGGUGCGAAAGCAGCUCAUCGACGGCGGACUGGCCUUUGUCUACUCGGAGCCUGAGCGCAAGGUCAUCAGUCGUUCUGCCGACGAGUGUAUCGUCGCCCUGAUGGACCAGUGGUACCUCGACUACGGUGAGCCUACCUGGAGAGACCAGGCGCUCGAGUGGGUUGCCAACGCCGACGGCAAGGGACUUGAGACCUUUGGCAACGAGACGAGGAACGCAUUCGAGGGUGUCUUGAACUGGCUGAACCAGUGGGCGUGCGCAAGGAGUUACGGCCUCGGCACCAAGCUGCCGUUCGACCCCAAGUUCGUCGUGGAGUCGCUCAGCGACAGCACCAUCUACAUGGCCUACUACACCAUCUGCCACUUCCUCCACGCAGAUAUCUACGGCAAGGAGCCCGGAACGCUCAACGUCUCGGCCGACCAAAUGACCGAUGACGUGUGGGACGCCAUCUUCUGCCGCCGCGAGCUCGAUGACGAGGUCAUCAAGGCGUCGGGCAUUUCGAAGGAGGCUCUGCAGACGAUGAAGCGCUCUUUCGAGUACUUCUACCCUCUUGAUCUGCGAUCCAGCGGAAAAGAUCUCAUCGGCAACCAUCUCACCUUUUUCCUGUACAUCCACAUUGCCAUCUUUCCCAAGAAGUACUGGCCCCGCGCCAUCCGCACCAACGGCCAUCUCCUGCUGAACGGCGAGAAGAUGAGCAAGUCGACAGGCAACUUCAUGACCCUCGAGGACAUGGCCAAGAAGUACGGCGCUGACGCGUCGCGUAUCGGUCUCGCCGAUGCCGGUGACACGAUGGGCGACAGCAACUUUGAGGAGGACGUUGCGAACCAGGCGAUUCUGCGUCUGCACACGGCGCGUGACUGGUGCGAGGAGACGGUCAAGAACAAGAGCGAGCUGCGCACGGGCGAGUACAACUACUUUGACGAGAUCUUCAACAACGACCUAAAUGCGCUUGCCAAGGAGACGAUUGCGCAGUACAAGGAAACUUCCUACAAGCUGGCGCUCAAGGCUGGUUUUUACGACCUCAACAACGCCCUCUCAUUCUACCGCGAGAGCACGGCCAGCUCCAAGAUGCACGUGGACCUGGCGAUCCGGUUCAUCGAGCUGCAGUGUCUGCUGAUUGCCGUCAUCGCGCCUCACUGGGCGGAUUCCGUGUGGCAGGAGAUCCUUAAGAAGCCGCAGUCGAUCCAGCUCGAGCUGUUCCCCGAGGUGCCGGAGACGGACGCGUCGCUCACGGCGGCGCGCAAGUACAUUGCCAGCACGGCCUCGAGCGUCAACUCGGCCGAGUCGCUGCAGAUGCGCAAGAAGGCCAAGGGCAAGGAGGUGGCGUUCGACCCGAAGAAGGCCAAGAAGCUGACGAUCACGAUGAACGAGAAAUUCCCCGCGUACCAGGAGCAGCUGACGACGCUGCUCAAGUCCAUGUGGGACCCGGCGACGAAGUCGGUGGACGACAAGGCGCUCAACAGCAAGAUCUCCAAGGCGGACAUGAAGAAGGGCAUGCCGUUUGUGCAGGCGCUGAAGAAGCGCCUCCAGGCGGGCGAGGCCGAGGCCGACGUGUUCGAGCGCAAGCUCGCGUUCGACGAGACCAAGGUGCUGCUGUCCAUGGUGGACUACCUCAAGCGCAGCGCGAACCUGGCCGAGGUGCAGAUCAUCAAGGCACAGGAGGGCGGCAACGGCACGGACGUGGUGACGGGUGCGGCCAUCGACAAGGCGGCUAUGCCGGCCAACGCCGAGAGCGCGCUGCCAGGAAGCCCGGCGUUCCUGUUCGCCAACGUCGAGUGA